AACACACUUGACGUAUUUAUUUCUCAUCUCGAUUAAUAAAUAAGAAAUAUAAUGAAUUCUAAAUUACGAGAUCAGGUAUUUAACCGAGAAUGAGGUUAUUACUGCAAUGUCUAUUUACUAAUGAUCUAUGUUGACUUUGGGCGUAGUACUCGAAGUAAAUUUGAAAAUUACUUCUCGACUGAGGUACUUUUAAUAGGAAAUUCUUGAAGAUGUUUUAGCUUCAAUACCGGAACAUGUUUCUCAAAUAUUGCAAACUGUUCUGCGCCACAGUGGUUGCUCUGAUAGCGAUAAAUUUAUUCCUACUGGGUUUUUUCCCAGUUAAAAUCUUUUCCGGAGAUAUCGCCACUAUGAAUGAUGUUCCGGAUGCUAUAGACGGCAUUAGAGUAAAUAAAGAAGAACUUUAUAAGCCAAUAGUUAAAAAGGUAGUAAUCAUGGUAAUCGACGCAUUGCGAUGGGAUUUUGUAACUGGACCAAUUGGAGAGGUUGCUAUGCCAACAGUUGACAAGUUAUUAAAAAAUGAUCUUGCAUGCCUACAAGAGAGUACUGUGAAUAUACCUACAGUGACGAUGCCAAAGAUUAGGGAAAUGAUGACUGGAAUGAUGUCCAGUUUUGUCGACGUCAUAUUGAAUCUUGGUGGGCAGGCUGUAACGAGCGACAGCUUCAUCCUCCAAGCGAAAUAUCACAAUCAUAAACUAGUUUUCUACGGGGAUGAUACUUGGAUAAAACUUUUCCCUGACUCGUUUCACCGUUCAGAUGGAACGACAUCGUUUUUCGUAAAUGACUUCACCGAAGUGGAUAAUAAUGUAACUAGGCACAUCUAUCGAGAGCUGCACAACGAUGACUGGUCGGUACUGAUUUUACAUUAUUUAGGUGUUGAUCACAUUGGACACAUUGGAGGGCCUCGUCAUUCUAAAAUGAUACCAAAACUAAGAGAGAUGGAUAGUAUCAUCGGCACUAUCAAAGAACAAAUCUUCGACUGGAAUGCGAAGGGUAUUUCAUCAUUACUACUCAUCUGUGCUGACCAUGGGAUGAAGGACUCCGGAGGACACGGAGGAGCAACCUUGGAAGAGACUCGAGUACCAUUGGUGACAGUUGGUAUCGGAUGUCCCCAAGAAAAACUCUUAAAUCCAAAAACUGGUGUCAGAGAACCACCACAAAUUGCCCAAGUAGAUUUCGCAGCGACACUGUCAGUUCUUCUGGGUGUACCAAUUCCAUCGACCAACCUCGGCAGAAUCUCAUUAAACCUACUCGGAAAUUUGUCCACCUCCAGGCAACUGUUCUUGCUAAAUUAUAACUCUAAGCAACUGUUGAGGCACUUCGAGACACUCCCUGAAUACAAAUCUCAAUAUGGCUAUAUAAAGUACAUCGAAGCAGAGAGACUUCAUGGUUCUUGGCUGCGUUCAAGUCAGGAGUGGCCCGAGGAAGAUGUGUCAAAGACUCGUCAAGCUUACCUCUCUGCUCUUAAAGCUAUGAGGGAAACACUAGCAAGUGACAUAAUAGAUUACGAUCUACACACAAUAAUCCUAGCAUCAAUCGUUCUAUGCAAAAUUCUUUAUGUGCUGUUGAAUGAAACUGAGGACAGUGAACCCUUGCCAAAAGGAUCGAGAAUUAUCUACACCUUAGUGAUCGACCUAAGCAUAUGCUGGAUCAUCGAUCAGCGAAAAUUCCCUUUUAAUAAAGAGAGGGAAGAUUUCGGUGUGAAAAAAAUUGGUUCAAGUGGUCUAUUGACAAUCAUGGCACUCGUUGCAAUUUUUUUGUCAAGUUGGCUGUUUGCUACGAUAAAACACGCGAUAAUUUCUCUAUGGACCAUCGACGCAAAGAGGAUGUCAAAAUUCGAGUUUUGGCAAUGGCUGUUCCCCCUGGCUUCUUUGGGACAUGCUUUGAGCCUGAGUAGCAGUAGCUUCGUUGAAGAAGAACACCAAACCUGGUACUUUUUCUGGACGACGUUACUCGUCACGUUACUCAUCAAUAACAUCGGAGUCUUAUUCCCUCGAAGAAGGCCCAUUUUCGAACAGGAGUCAGGGAAUCCCAAAUUGAAGGAGACCGCAGGCUUGGUGACGGUGCUCCUAGUUCACCGAUUCCUCAGGAAUCUCAACAGCACUGGGAAUAAAUUUGCCAAUCUUCCCGACAUUGCCGACUGGCUCCAGGAACACGAGGAGACCCACUUCACCAUGACAAUUCUUUUACUAGCUGCGCUCCUUUCCCUGGUUUGGAUCGGGUCUAUGUGCAGACCGAAAAGAGACCGACAAUCCUUGUUUCUUCACAUUGCAUUGGCAAUUUGCAUUUACCUGAGACACGCAGUCGAUGAAACGGUAACCAGAAUUCCAUUCUACCCUUUCUCAAGGGGGAUCUACGAAGUGCGAGCAUUCUGGCUGCUGCUCGUAGUGUCCUGCCUGAAGUUGACUUGGAAUGUCACUACACUUUUCAUUCACAAGAGAAGAACCGCAAGAAACGACGGUUCUGAAAAUAAAUCCGCAUUACUCAUCUCUACUUUCAUGCUGGAGACUUGGGUUGCUGUUUCGGCAAUGUUGCACAGGCCUCACAACGUUUGCCUCCUUCCGAUCCAAAUAAUAGUCAGCUCCGUCAUGAAAAACACAGUAAAGCCCUCCGACAGGCGAAACACCAUCAUUGCACAAAUCUUUGUGUGGCUUGGCAACGUCUUCUACUUCUACCAGGGAAAUUCGAACAGCCUGGCUACUAUCGACAUAGCUGCAGGUUACGUCGGUUUGGAGUCCUACCGACCAGUUUUCAUCGCAGCACUGAUAACAAUUAACACAUACUCAGCUCCGGUCCUUGCCUAUCUGACGCUGAUCCACUGGGUGACUCAGGAAACGUCAAAAGUGUUGAGCAGAACUAUGUGGACGAUCGCAAGGAACCUCAUCGUGUGUAGGUUGCUGCCUACAGCAGUGUACACAAUCGUUGUCGUCAUCCAGCGACAUCACUUGUUCGUCUGGUCGGUGUUCUCACCAAAGCUGCUCUAUGAGGCGAUGCACUGUGCAGUGAUAUAUUUAACAGUAUUAACCGUGUCCACUAUAUUCCUAUUCCACGAUUACGUAGUUAAUAAAAAACUGAAAUAAAACAAGAAUGAUUGACUGAGAAACAAAACGUGUAACUUUUAACCCAUUGUAAGCACUCACUCCGUUCUCAUUCCGAGGCUUAAUUAGUUGACAG